UUUAUGCGACGCAUACAGCAAUGGCGAGCGGCAAAAAGAGUGCCCUGCUUUCCUCUUUGGCAGACUAUGGAGACGAUUCAGAGCCCGACUCUGACCCCGAACCAGAAGAGACAGGGGGCCGUGGUGGUCUGGUGUACGGCUACGAGGAUGAUGACCUCAACCGAACUGAAGAUGCUGAGGACAAGGUGUCUGCAGAUGAGGACAGCAGAGAGAGCAACUCGUCCCCGUCUGCAGCAAUAAAUUCAUUUUAUUCCUGCCUGGAGCGUGCAUCUGGUUCUCCAAACUGGGAACACACAGACCAUCGUCUACAGCAGGAAAUGGACGAAUCUGACGAGGGGAGGGACGCAGAUGAUGUUGAGAUCUCAGAAGCAGAAAGAAAGGACCCCAAUGAGUUAGUUGCUCUGUUCUCGGAGAAGGUGAGGAACAUGUCACCUGAUGAGAUCAGGAUCCCCCCCGAGCCCCCUGGGCGCUGCUCAAGCCAGCUACAGGACAAGAUCCACAAGCUGUACGAGAGGAAGCUCCAUGGAGAUUUUGACACAAACAGCCACAUCCAGAAAAAGAAGGAAUUUAGAAACCCAAGCAUUUACGAGAAGCUCAUCCAGUUCUGCAGUAUAGAUGAACUCGGAACAAACUACCCAAAAGACAUGUUUGAUCCUCACGGCUGGUCAGAGGACUCUUACUAUGAAUCUCUAGCUAAAGCCCAGAAAGUGGAGAUGGACAAACUGGAGAAAGCCAAGAAGGAGCGGACCAAGAUUGAAUUUGUGACGGGGACAAAGAAGGGCACCAACCCCUCGAACACAGCAGCCUCCACCACCAGCAGCACCACCACCACCACCGCCACAGCAGAGGCCCAGAAGAGGAAAAGCAAGUGGGACUCUGCGAUCCCCGUGACCCUGGCCCAGCCCACCCUCAUCACCACCACCGCCACCCUGCCUGCUGUCGUCUCCGUGACAACCACCGCCAGCGGCACCAAGACCACGGUCAUCUCUGCAGUGGGCACCAUCCUAAAGAAGGCAAAGCAGUGAUUUGUCUAUAAGAGAGAGUGGUCGGAGCAAUGACUGUGGUAAAGCUGGAAGAGCUGUGUUGUCCUGUGCUCAUUAUAUAUGUGAGAAGAAGCAGAGAGAGGAACUGAUGGACACUCAGAGUACAUUAUCAGAACCAACCUACAGGAACCCUCUGCUACACAUGGACUAAAGAUUUAACUGCCUUCUAUCUCGGGGAUUUUAUCUGCACCAUUGCGUCAUAAAGGCAAAUUUACAGUUUGCUGAAAAAACUUCAAGAUCCUCUGAUAAUCUGAAAGUGUGAUGCAUGCAGAUCUCAUGUGUAUGAAACAUGUCCUUUUUUUAUUCAUGUUUGUUUGAAACAGUUGAAGAGAACAAUAGCAGACCUGGUAGAAUUAUUUGAAAAAUUGUUUAUUUUUCUAUCCAUAGUUUUGGUGCAGUAUCUUCAUAGCAGUUAUGUGUUGUAGCUCGACGUGCAGCCUCUUUUUUUCAGCUUUUUUUUUUUUUCAACCAUUGGCAUAUUGACCGACUUACAGUAAGAUUUUUUUUUACACGUGUACAUAUGUAUUGAUGAGAAGGUGAAUAAAUGGAUCAGAUGUUGCCUUUUCA